AUGUUCACUAAUGUUUCUGCUGUGAAACACAGUCUAUUCAAUAGUACUGCUUCUCCAGCUCCUCUUAUUGCUAGCAUCUUUGCCACCUUUAACGCCGUCGCUGCGGUUAUUAAUUUGGUAGUAUUUAUCUAUAUCGUUUCGCACCGACUUUACCGCUGCUUUGUAUCUUCUCACUUCAUUGCUCAUCUCUGCGUCACUAAUGCUGUCGCAUUAUUAAUUCUAGUUCCUACUUUCGUUGUCACUGUCUGGACUGGACACAAUCCCUGGAUAUACAGCAACUUAACAUGCAGGCUCCAGGCAUUUCUAACUUGCACGGUAUGGACGGUAAUCAACUUUAUGGGUUUAUGUAUUGCUGGUGUUCAUUUGUUGACCUUUGCAAGGAUUCAUUAUGAACAGUUAUUUGGCCUACAACCAAACACCUUAUGUAUAUUGGCUUGGUUAGUAGCAGUUGGACUCUCGUUGCCAACCAUCACGAAUGGCCAUGUUGUCGUCUACGAAAAAGCGCUGAGGCAUUGUGUGUGGGGAGAUAGCGACAGUGGACUGAAGUUCCUAACAUACCUCCUCAUCAUAGGCCUUUUCAUACCAGCAUCACUAGAAUUUUACGCCUACAUCCGUGUACUUGGAAUACUGUAUCACAGUCCCAUAGUUUUCCAAAGCAUUGGACUGUAUAAAAGUCGAUUUCUUAUUUACGGCUUCAUAACAAGCUCAUUUUCUCAGCUGCCCUUUUAUCUAAUUACUGUGGUAAACAAGUGGCGCCAAGCAGACGGCCAAAUUCCAAUGACUUGCACCUUCCUUGCUUAUGCACAGUGCAUUAUUUCACCUGUCCUGUACGGAGCUUCACUAUUUUUGUUGAAAGAAGAGGAUAUGACGCUAACCAACCGAGCUCACAAAACCACGAAUGCCCAUCAGAUGGCGCAUAACGUCUGA